AUGCUAAAACACCUAGUCAAAAAAGCUAGCAUGACAUCCCCCUGGUCCGCCACCAAAGUCAGAAGUACCUUUUUGGACUUCUUCACCCAGCAAAACCUGCACACGCACGUGCCGCUGUCCUCCGUGGUCCCCCACAACGACCCGACCCUUUUGUUCGCCAAUGCGGGAAUGAACCAGUACAAGCCCAUUUUCUUGGGCACGGUCGAGCCCGGCUCGGACUUUGCCGCGCUCAAAAGAGCCGCCAACUCCCAGAAGUGUAUUCGUGCCGGAGGUAAGCACAACGACUUGGACGACGUAGGAAAGGAUUCUUAUCACCAUACUUUCUUCGAGAUGUUGGGCAAUUGGUCUUUUGGCGACUACUUCAAGAAGGAGGCCAUUGGCUACUCGUGGGAGUUGUUGACGGGCGUUUACGGCUUGCCAAAAGACCGUUUGUACGUGACGUACUUCGAGGGAGAUGCAGCACAGGGCUUGGAGCCCGAUUUGGAGGCCAAGCAGUUCUGGCUCGACGUAGGCGUGGCCGAGGACCACAUCUUGCCUGGUAACGCGCAGGACAACUUCUGGGAGAUGGGAGACCAGGGUCCUUGUGGCCCCUGUUCCGAGGUGCACUUUGACAGAAUCGGUGGCCGUAACGCUGCCAGCUUGGUCAACAUGGACGAUCCAAACGUGUUGGAGAUCUGGAACAUUGUGUUCAUUCAGUACAACCGUGAGGCCGACUCGUCCUUGCGCUCUUUGCCCAGCAAGCACAUCGACACCGGUAUGGGUUUCGAGCGUUUGGUGUCCAUCUUGCAAGACAAGCUGUCCAACUACGACACCGAUGUGUUCACUCCUAUCUUCGAGAAGAUCCGCGAGAUCACUGGCGUUCGUCCAUACACCGGUAAGUUCGCCGAUGAGGACAAGGACGGUAUUGAUACCGCCUACAGAGUCAUCGCCGACCACGUUAGAACUUUGACUUUUGCCAUUUCUGAUGGUGGUGUGCCAAACAACGAAGGUAGAGGUUACGUCUUGCGUCGUAUUUUGCGUCGUGGUGCCAGAUACGUUAGAAAGUACAUGAACUACCCAAUUGGCUCCUUCUUCCUGCAGUUGGUGGACGUUGUCAUUGAACAGAACGCAGCCAUCUUCCCUGAGAUUGCCAAAAACUCCGCUGAAUUGAAGGAAAUCUUGAUUGAGGAGGAGGUUUCUUUCGCCAAGACAUUGGACCGUGGUGAGAAGUUGUUCGAGCAGUACGCCAUCAUUGCUUCCAAAACCCCCCAACAGACUUUGGCUGGUAAGGACGUUUGGCGUUUGUAUGACACCUACGGUUUCCCUGUUGACCUUACCCGUCUUAUGGCUGAAGAGGCUGGCUUGAAAAUCGACGAUGAGGCCUUUGAGCGUGCCCGUGAAGAGAGUAGAGAGGCUUCCAAGGCUUCCGGUGCCAAGGGUGGUGAGACUUUGAUCAAGCUUGACGUCCACGCCUUGUCUGAGCUCGAGCAGCGCUCUGUUGCCGCCACCGACGACUCUUUCAAGUACGGCUUGGAGAACACCAAGUCCAAGAUUGUCGCUUUGUACGAUGGCUCUUCUUUCGUCGACAGCAUCUCUGAGACUGGCAAGCCAUUCGGUAUUCUUUUGGACAAGACUCCAUUCUACGCCGAGCAAGGUGGUCAAGAAUAUGACACUGGUAGCUUGGUCAUCGACGGUGUUGCUGACUUCGCCGUCACCAACGUUCAGCAAUAUGCUGGUCACGUUUUGCAUACCGGAACUUUGGCUGACGGUACCCUCUCUGUUGGUGACGAUGUCAUUGCCACCUACGAUGAGUUGCGUCGUUGGCCUAUCCGUAACAACCACACUGGUACCCACGUUUUGAACUUGGCCUUGCGUGAUGUUUUGGGAGAUGCUGUGGACCAAAAGGGUUCCUUGGUUGCCCCUGAGAAGUUGCGUUUUGACUUCUCUCACAAGCAAGCCUUGACCCCAGCUGAGCUUGAGAAGGUCGAGGAGAUCUGUAAUAAUGAGAUUCGUGCUAACAAGCAGGUCUUCUCCAAGGAUGUUUCCUUGACCUUGGCCAAGGAGAUUUGCGGUGUAAGAGCUGUUUUCGGUGAAACUUACCCAGACCCAGUCAGAGUUGUCUCCAUCGGUGUCUCUGUUGAUGACCUUUUGGCUGACCCAUCUAACAAGGCAUGGCACGAUCUUUCCAUCGAAUUCUGCGGUGGUACCCAUGUUGCUAAGACCUCUGACAUCAAAGACUUGGUCAUCAUUGAGGAAUCUGGUAUUGCCAAGGGUAUUCGUAGAAUUGUCUGUGUCAGUGGUCGUGAGGCCCACGCUGUUCAAGCCUUGGCCCGUGAAUACGACGAACAAUUGACUGCCGCCGAGAAGUUGCCAUUUGGCCCAGAGAAGGAGCAAAAGACCAAGGAUUUAGGUGUUGGCUUGAAGAAGUUGACCAUCUCUGUCUUGGCCAAGGCUAAGUUGAACGACAAAUUCAACAAGUUGGACAAGACCAUCAAAGACCACUUGAAGGCCAUCCAAAAGGAGGAGCUGAAGAAGACUCUUGAUGUUGUCAAGGAAUGGUUGGGUGACGCUGAGAAGUCUAAGCAAGCAUUCCUUGUUGCUCACGUUCCAAUCGGUGCCAACGCCAAGGCUAUCACCGAGGCCAUUAACUUGGUCAAGAAGCAAGACAAGAACAAGUCUCUUUACUUGAUCACCGGUUCUACUGAUAAGGUCGCACAUGGAUGUUACAUUUCUGAUGAGGCUAUCGGUAAGGGUGUUGAGGCACCUGCAUUGGCUGCUUCUGUCAGCACCCACAUUGGUGGUAAAGCUGGUGGUAAGGGCAAUGUCGUUCAAGGUAUGGGAGACCGUGUCGAGGGUAUUGCUGCUGCUGUUGAGGAGGUGACCAAGUUGUUGGCUGAGAAGUUGUAA